CAAGCAUCAAGUAUUCAACAUGCCCGUGCAGUAAUUGCCAGAUCGUGCUGCAUAGCACCCACAGUUACCAUGAUGCACGAAACACCUUGGAUACGGGAUAUCCUGCGCUUCGCCCUCACAACAACGCCCUCCACCCCGCCACCGUGGGAGUCGCCAUCCUUCUCCACCACCGCAGGCGGAGGAGACCUUACCGACCCGGACGACCCAGGCAAAGACCCACGCUUCCGAAAACUAGUCGAAGCGAUCCUAUUCGGGCGGCGGUUUCUCAAGACCUACAACAUCGUGUUGCUGGGCGUACUGUUGGUCUUCACAGCCUGGCACUGGGGCGAGAAGCUCUAUCUUGGCCGGCGGAAGCGGCGGAUCGCUGUACAAAGUGACACAGGUAUUGAGGAUGAGGUGUGGAGCAGCUCCAGCAGCACGCUUGAGGGGACUGUGACGCCGCCCGGGCCAGACAAGAAGGCCAGCAAUACUGAUGUCUCCGAGACGUCUCCUCUGCUGUCCACACGGCUGCGACCGAGACGAAGUGUUAUCUGGACACCGUACUAUGCGGUCAAGGCGGCGCUGCAGUACCAGCCGCCCCCGGUCCCGGUCAUGAAUAAGAUACUACCCACAAAUGCCGUAUCGCUGCUUGUGCUGGCCUGGCUAGGCCUCAUACUCUUCUACAACCUCUACCGGAUGCCGCUGAACUUCAUGUACCUGUUUGUCAUUGCGGACCGCUGUGGGAUCGUUUUCAUUGCGAACUUGCCGUUGCUGUAUUUGCUUGCUGCGAAGAACCAGCCUGUCAAGUUCCUCACUGGGUAUUCGUAUGAGAGUCUGAACAUCUUCCAUAGGAGGGUGGGAGAGGUGAUGUGUUUCGAGGCGUUUUUGCAUUUCGCGGGGAUGGUUGCGUUCUGGUAUGGGCUGUUGAGGCGGCUGGGGUUCACACUGGGUAGGUUCUUGCUGAAUCGGGUCGUGCUGCUUGGACUGCUGGCCUUGAUCUCAUAUGAGCUGAUCUACCUUACCUCCCUGGGCAGCUUCCGGAAGCGCAUGUACGAGGUGUUUCUGGCCUUGCAUAUCUUUCUACAAGUCGCUGGUCUAGCAUUUCUCUGGUUCCACCACUACACUUCCCGCCCCUACGUCGGCAUCUCGCUCGCCAUUUUCUUCAUCGACCGGCUCGUAUACCGUCUCUUUCUUAAGUCUAGCACGCACGCCGCCACUCUGACUGUUCAGGACGACGACGAAACCGUCCUGCUCUCCUCAAACUGGGACGUCAGUACCCGCUCACCCGCUCUGCGCCUUCUAUCGCACAACAUAGAGCACGGCUGGUCCCCCAACGAACACAUCUUCAUCACUGUCCCCGACCUAUCACGAAAGCACGCACUGCAAUCGCACCCCUUCACCAUCUUCUCCGCUGCCCCAAACACGCACCACACAACCCAGGACGAUCAGAGCGAACACGCAUGGUUCACACUCUUGAUCCGCGCCCAAGCCGAGUCUGGCUUCACAAAGCAGCUGUUGAACUACGCGCGCACGCACCCCCAAACCCGAAUCCGCCUUGACGGCCCGUACGGCUCGUCACACGCCCUUGACAUGCUGCGCUCAUCAUCAACCGCAGUCCUAGUUGCGGGAGGCUCUGGCAUCGCAGUCGCAUACCCGCUGCUGUACUCGCUUCUCCGUCCGCCCAGCGAUCCUGAGACCGCGCUCGCCACGUCCGCGAGGAAGGUAAAGCUGCUCUGGAUCACGCAUAGCCCGUCACACCGCCUCUGGAUACCGGAGGAUAAACUCAAGGAGCUGCAGGACUGGGGACUGGAUGUACUCAUCCCGCCACCGACUUCGCUUGCGGGGCGGCCUGAUAUGAGGAGUGUCGUGGGUGGGUGGGUGGAUGCUGAGAUGAGAGGGAAGACGGGCGUGGUUGUUAGUGGGCCCGAUGGCUUGGUGAGAGAUGUGAGGAAUACGUGUGCGAGAAAAUUGUGGCAGGGGGAAGAUGUGGGGGUGGCUGUUGAGAAGUUUGGCUGGUGAGGGAUUUAGAGAUUUUGCAUAAUGGAAGGCCACAGGGCGUUUCGAACAUAUAUUUUAUUGAGCGUUCUAGCAGCGUUUGCUUAGAUAUGCAAACAUGCUAUUUGCUGGAGGCGCGUGACGCCGAUAUCUUCAAUUUGGGAUCCUGGCAAUACGAACGUCUCGAAACGAGGCGGGAC